AUGCAUAUCAGCACUGCUUUUACCAAAAUCUGCAUUCUAGCCAAAAUUUCAAAAAAUGUGGAGUUGCAAGCAUUUGCAACGGACCAACUCAAGCGUAAAGACUUAUACAGCAAAAUAAGGAGACUCUGUAAAGGACACAACUUGAGGUCAUGCAGCGCCAUCACUAAUCAAUUUGAGGUUCAUUUAACAAUGACGCGGCGUCGUCUUAUACCCUACCAAAAUACAGAGCAGAACCCGAAAGAGAUGCUCAUGCUCCGUUUCCUUUGCUACCAUGCUGACACUAUCUGA